UUCAUAAAGGAAGAGUACCAUUACUUAAACGUGUCUAAAGUUGGAACAUUCACUGUGUAUGACAACCUUGACUGCACUUUUGAAUGUCUUGGUAAUCCUUUCUGUUUUUCCAUCAACCUGGCCGCUUACAAAGGAGCAGAUGGAAAGUUGUGGUGUGAAUUGCUGUCUUCAGAAAAGUUCAGGAAGCACGAGGAGUAUAAAAGGCACAAAAGCUGGCAUCAUUUCUUCGUUAAGGUGCACUAUGGAAAUAUUAAAGACUAAAGAACACACUAGCAAAAGCUUUAAUAAAGAGACAGCCAUUGUGGGGACGCUAGAUACUGCAGCUGUUACAUUUUAAUCAAAAAACGUUUUGUCCGCUGCAUGAGUUACGCAUACAAUUGUUAACAAAAGCACAGUGACGAAGAAAAAUAGAUGUUAACCAUGCACGGAUACAUGCUUACACACCAAUCAAAAGUUCGUUGCCAAUUAUUAUAUGUUAGAAGCUAAUUUUAUGAAGGGUGCGAAAUACCAAAAUGCAAAAAUGGUUAAUGCACAGUUGCACAUUUCAGAGAAAAUCAUUUUGAUUAAUGAAUACUUCCAGUCAAUCAAUUCAGAUGUAACAAAUUUCACAUUGCCACGCACAAAUUAACAGCUCCAUGAUUUUAAUACAAAAGAAAAAUUAUAGCGAGUUUUGCUUGAAAUUAUUAUGUGUAAUAAGCUGAUAAAGAUGACCUUGUUCUUACAGACUCUAUGUGUGCUUUCACGAUGCCUAAACGGAGGAACCUGCUUGCCAAACUACAAAUAUCGCACGUCUAUCUACCUUUGUAAUGAAGGAUUUGUCGGUGAAUUUUGCGAAAUAGGUAACUAA